GAAGCAGCCCUGCGAAGGCCUGGGGUCCUGCAGGCCCAGAUGGGCAGGUGGAGGGAGGCAGAUGUUUGCGCCCCAUGUGGUGGCAGAAAUGCAAGGGGACAUCACCCCAGUGGGCUGACACACAAGUCACAUCCAGAGACAGUGGCUCACACUGACACCCACCUAGAGAGACACAGGCAGACACCCUCAGCCCAAGGCAGGUGCAGGGAAGACAGCCCCACUCACAGGCCCGCCUCACCCCAGCCAGGCAGCCCAGCCCAGCCCCGCCCGUUCACCUGGACGCAGGCGGCCUUUAAAGAGCUCCCCAGCACCCCUGCACACCCACCUGCAGACACCUGUCUGCCCGCUGUGUUUCAGGUGCCCAUGGCGUCCCCCCGAACCCUGCUCUCCUGCCUGCUGUUCCUGGUGAUCGCUGAAGGCUGGGGUCAGCGGGCGGCCGUCCCUGGCUGCCACUUGCACCCCUUCAAUGUGACAGUGCGAAGUGACCGCCAGGGCACCUGCCAGGGCUCCCACGUGGCACAGGCCUGUGUGGGCCACUGCGAGUCCAGCGCCUUCCCUUCCCGGUACUCCGUGCUGGUGGCCAGCGGCUAUCGACACAACGUCACCUCCGUCUCUCGGUGCUGCACCAUCAGCGGCCUGAGGAAGGUGAAGGUGCAGCUGCAGUGUGGGGGGGCCCGGAGGGAGGAGCUGGAGAUCUUCACGGCCAGGGCCUGCCAGUGUGACAUGUGUCGCCUCUCACGCUUCUAGCCCACCCCUGCCCGCCCUCUCCCUCCGCUUGGUCAGAGGGACCGAGUUGGAGGACUCCCAUCUGUCCUCAGCCUCAUUGGGGACGGCAGCUUCCACCCUCGUAAGGUUCCGUGACUGUCACCUCCUGAAAAGAGGGGCAC